GGGUUAUAUUACGUGGACACACACAGAAAGCCUCCAAACCAAAACGACACCUACACCUAUAAAUGAUGUAUAAACUACAAUGACACCGUGGCCUGUUGUUAAGCUUACACCAUUUUUCAGACUGUAGUUCAGGUGACUCCUCCUCCAGCGUUUAACCCCUCCCCCUCAGCCCCGCAGUUUGCACUCGGUCGCCGGUGAGCACAGACCCCUCCCCCUCCCCCCUGCAUGCUAAUGAUCCGCUCCCCUUGUCCCUCGCGCCAUCCGUUUGGCUCUGUGAGCUUGCUAGAACCCCGCUGCAGUUACUCCAAGCAGUGGGGCUGCUGCUCUAUAAACUCACUUGUGCCCGUCCUGUCAGACCAUCCAUACAAAGCGACUGGUCACGUCCCGGAGCUGUUCAUGCCGCCCUCGCCGGCUCCAGAUACCGACCUCACCACAAGCAACGCAAGAGCGACUUAAAAAGACAACAAAAAAAACGACGGGAGCCAUCGUUGAGACGACGUCGGUUGGUCAACGCGCAGAAUCCUUCGACCAACCGUUCUGUGAGGAUUUUUUUUGUUGUCCACGAAAAGAGGAGGAGUCUAUUUGUAAGAGAAAGGGGAGAGCACUCGGUCGAGUUCGCGGAGGCACAAUUACUCAGUCGUUGUGGAAAAGCUCACUAGUUUUCUGGUGAAUGCUGAAACCGGUGGACUUUUUUCGAAUAGAGAGCAAGGUAUUGUAGCGGGCGAAGGAACUGGACAGCGGCAGCAGGAGGAGGCGCAGACGGUCUGCGGUAGCGCGAGACUGAAAAUCGCGGGAACGUUACUUCGGCCACGCGAAGAGUCGACGCAGCAAUGGAAGUUGUCAUGAGCGAGGAGAAGAAGAAGAUUUUUCGUGCCAGGAAAACCAUGAAGAUCAGCGACCGGCAGCAGCUGGAGACUCUGCACGGCACUUUGACAGCCGGUCCAGGUGUAUUGGACGCAUCGCCGGCACCGCCUCUGUUGAACGGCACGCACAAAGAGGAUGAACCAAGAGCGGGGGACAAAGAGCAAAACAGCGCAUCAGACUCAAACUCUGGGGUGGCUUCCCCCUCCUCGCCCACCCCUUUCCUGUCCCUCAAUCUGUCCCCGUCCCCCGCCUCUUCGCAUAGUCCUAUGCCUAAGGACGAAACUCCAACUUCUCCCACGUCAUCAUUUCACUCGCUGAACUUUGAAAUUAAAAAGAUGGAGGGCGAUGAGAAGGAAAUUGAGUUGAAGGAGAAGGAGAGGAAAGGCUCGCCACUGUCCUCGUCAAAGGAGUCUGUUACGCCAACAUCAACAGACUCCAAGGAAAACCACCAAAAAGACUCUGACCUGACCCCAAAGAUUGAGAAGAAAAAGGAGGACCAGAAUGCAACAAAUGUAAACGCGGAUGUGGAUAAAAUAAAAGAGGAAAAGCCCUUUUGCCCCAAAUCUACUACUGCCAAUUCCUCUCGCCUGGCACCCUCUUCUAAGGAUCUAAAACAACAACAGGAAACCGGAGAGAUCAAAAAGGAGGAGGAGGCUGUAAAGAAAGGAUCGAUUCCCGAGGAAAAGAUGGAGCUGGAUUCGACUAAAAAGGAAAAGACUGAAGUUCGACCAACAAAAAAGCCCUCUCGGCCAUCUUCUACUCCACCAGCUAAUACAGUAGCACAGGAGGAGAAGGGCUCUACAUCGGGACUGAAGCGCACCUUGUCGGAGGGUUUCGAAAAAGACGGACAAACGGUGAAACGAGAGGGGAAAAGGCCCAAGGUGGAUUGCCAGGAGCUGGAGGCCCAGCUGGAAUUUAAAUUUACCACCAAAGCCGGUGGUCACAACAAACUUGAAAAGAUUGUGCAACAGCUGGUCGAUGAGCGGCUGAGGGUCCUGGAGCAGACCAUUUUCAACAAACACUUCCAAGAGCUGAAGGACAGAGUAGACAAGAUCGACUGUGCCACUAAACACCAAACAGCCGUCACCACGCUCCAGGCUAAGAUAAACCGCCUCACAAAGAAGUUUGGAGAAGCCAAUCAGGCGUCGGAGAACAAACGGAAAGCGGAUGCCCUCGCUGCUGUGACUGCCGCCACAGCGGCGGCUGCCGCCACUGCUGCUGCUGCCACUGCUGCCAAGACCGUGACUGUUGCUAACAGUCCUCAAGUUCAACGGCCAGUCCGUACUUCCAUGGAGCUAAAGCAGAUCGGCGGAAGCGUUUCCUCGUCCACCACAGUCGCCAAUCCAGCCAUGUUGGCGCCGGUCUCAGGUCUGGCCCACGUGGCCUCGUCUAACGCCAUGGUCUCGCAGGCCUCCAUCCUCCAGCUGAUCAGCACCACUUCUAAUGCUGGUUCCAACCUGGCCACAGGCAUCACCACUCAGAGCCCCAUGGGCACGCUGGUGCUGAAGACUGCCAGUGGGGGCAACUUGAUGGCAGGGGGCCAGCCGCUUCUCAUCCAGCUGCCAUUGUCGAUGACUAACGGCCCGGCGGGGACGCUGGUCAACAUCCCCAUGUCCUCGCUGUCCGCGGCUGGCUCGCUUGGCAAGGCCAAGACCACGUCCACCACAACUUUCAUACUCAAGCCGGCCCCCCCCAUCACAACCUCGCCGGCCUUGGCGCCAGCGGUCGCCACCGUUCCGGCGCUCCAGGCCUCCGCCGGCCAGAUGGCACCGACCCAGAUCACUCUGGCCCGGGCAGUGUACCAGGGCGGGGCAGGGGGCAUAACUACGCCCAACGCGGGGGUAUCAGUGACCACGGCCAGGACACCGGCUCAGUCCGUGUCCGUAGCGGGUGCUCUGUCAUCAGCCUCGUCACCUGCAACCUCCGGACCCGCAGCCACAGGUUCCACCGCUCCGGGACCCCCACAGGGGACGUCUCUGACGUCAAAGACAGACAACCAAGCUACAGAAUCCACUCCAUCUAAAGCAGCUGCUCCAUCAGGACGACCCAAAGGCUCCGUCAUCGAUCUCACCGAGGACGACGACGAUGUACAAGUGACGGGGGUGAAGAGCGCCACUAUCGCGGCUGCCUCCCCCACCCAGAGGCUGCACCCGGUCAUCAGCGUUCCUAACUGUAAGACCACGUUAUACUGUGUGGCAGCAAGGUCGUCCCCGCAAAGCAAUCAGAGCGCUUCCAGCAAUCCUCAGUUGACAAUCCACCACCGCCCCCCCCAGGAUUCUCCGAAAAAACCGCGCCCCGUUACCACUAGUACGCCGACCCGGAACUCCACCGUGGUGCUGCCCCCCCUCCCUGCUGCACCCGUGCCCUCCCGACUCCCCCCUGAGGGAGAGCGGUCGUCGCCUCCCCAGCAGCCUCAGCUGAAGCUGGUGCCGAGUCAGACGGGCAUAGUGCUGUCCUGGUGCGUCGCCGAGACAGACCGCACCUGCGCGGCCGUGGACAGCUAUCACCUGUACGCCUUCCACCAAGACAACUCGAGCGGCAGCGCGGCGCAGCAGCACUGGAAGAAGAUCGGGGAGGUGAACGCCCUUCCGCUGCCCAUGGCCUGCACGCUGACCCAGUUCCAGUCCGGCUCCACCUAUCAUUUUGCCGUUCGAGCUAAAGACAUCUAUGGCCGCUUUGGCCCUUUCUGCGAACCUCAGUGCACAAACGUGAUCAAUUCCAGCGCCAGCUGAACAGUUCAAGGAGUGGAAAACCAUUUCUUUGCAUUAAAAAGUUUGUGACUCCCCCUACUUUUUUGUAUUAGAAAUCUGAGUAUUGUGCAUUGAACUCAUACAGUAUCUGUAAAUAUAUCUCUGCAUAACAACUGGACUUCUGACUGAGCUGGAGAAUCGAAGAGCACGGUUGGAACUCUCUCGUUAAUGUUCUUAUUGUAUUUUUUGUGAUUCAAUAUGUUGUAUAUAAUUGGAUUACUUUGAUCUUCAACCAAGUCAGAUAUUUAUGUUGGUCUACUGUUACUCUGACCUGGAUGUCUAUUGCGUCUCUCCAGAACAGGAGAGGAUCUGAUUUGCACAGAAAUGUAUAAAUGUGUGCUAGAAACUGAAUGAUAGCUUUUGUAAGUUUUGUCUGGCAACCAGACUUUGACAGACACAAUAAAAAUGUUUUUUUAA